UAGACGGUUAUUUGCAAUUUUCAUAAACAUACUGAAGAAUAGUUUUUAAUCAAAUCCAACACAAAAGAAUUGUGAUAUUCACCAAAUAAAUAAAAUACGUCUAUUGUUGUGUUACAAAUGGAGUCAGCGCUUCUUAAUUUCAAUCGUGUGUCUUGCGCGUCUGCUGCAACUACGCCAAACGUAACACCUAUUAAACCGCGUUUGGGAAGAUUUGUGGAUUUUUAUUCUCCAGAACAUUUAAAUAUAACUCCUAAGCCUAAACCGCGGUUUGUAGCUGCAAUAACAAAUGAAAAUCGAAGAUUUUCUACACCUGAAAAAUGUUUGGAUAUUGAUAAUAGAUGCAGGACCGUCAAAGCUCAAAAGAAUAAUCAAAAUGUUUGGAGAAAUUGCUCAUUUGAGGGCAAUCAAAGUUUUCCAAGACUAAAACACCAUAUUAGAUCCAUAAAAAUGGAUUUGGAAACUCCAACAAAAGUUAAAACAUCUGUUGAUUUAGUUAGAGUUGACGGGCACAAUGGCCUUCGUUUCAAUACAUCAUUAGCAUCGGGAGAUGUAACUAGCUCACCAGCACAAUCUCAAACUGACCGGCUUCAGCAAAAUAUAACUAAUAAAGCUGUGUUUACAAUUGAGCCAAAUACAUCAAAGAUUCUUAUAGUCAACAACAAGGCAUGCUCACUUCUAGGAUAUUCUUCUGGUGAACUCUGUGAUCUGUGUUUCUCUGACUUAUUACACAAUAGGUCAAAUCAAAAAAAGUUCAGUUUACAUGCAGAAGAUGGAGACACUUCUGAAGAUGGUACAGCAGUGUUGCUAGGUGGUAAAGUUGUGGAAUUACUAUCCAAAGAUGGAACUGCAUUACAAGUAUCACUUUGGAUCCGACAGUUGGAUGCAGAUGGCCCAUGUUUGGUUGUUGCAGAGCCUGUCAGCUGUAAAAAUGUAUUGUUCACCAUAGAGGCAGACACGGGGACAAUAAUAAGUUGUGAAGGCGCUGACGCAGGACUUUUGUUCCAAGCUGAAUCGUGUGAGAAGCUCGUGGGAUUGCCUAUAUUGUCCCUCAUUCCGUCAAUACACUUGCCGCCUUAUGAUCUUGCUAUACCUAAGGCUUUGGCUAAACAGAAGGCUACUGGUAGGACAUUGGAUGGAUGUUCGUUUCCUCUUUGCCUUUGGAUUUCUAAAUCAGAAACUAUGAAGCCGAAAGAUCGACCUAUAUUUGAAGUUAAUGUUAGGGUUACAUACAACGUAAGUGGACUUCUUGUGGUGGACGAGUCUGGCAUAAUAACGGCUUGCAACCAGCAUUUUGCGCAAUUGACAUUCGGAAAGUCGCUAUUGGAAGUGAUCGGACAUCAUAUUGAAGAUGUCAUACAAAACUUUUGUAGGGAAUGCGAUUUGAUCAAGAUUCAAGAUACGAAUAGGAAUAUGACCUUGUCUCCAGUGAACAAUGAUGAUGGGUCUGGUUCAGAUACAGACGAUGAUUCAUGUGGAGCAUUUAAUGGAAGCCAGAAAUCCGCCUGCAUGUCACUGAACGUACAGCCGUCACUUCUUUCUACGAAUAGAGAAAAAUCCUCCAGCGCUCUCUGCCUUGACAAGUCCAGCAGUUUAAUCACACACACACCAACACCCACACAAGACAUGGUCUCAAGCCUGAGUACCACAGAGCAACGAAAUGACACUUCAGCGCUCCCUGACGUCACUUCCGGCAUGUCCGGAAUGUCAAUCGACGAUGAGAACUUUUCACACUCGAUUUCAAAAUCGCGAUCGGAAAAUAUACUCCGCUCUGAGCAUAACGUGAAAACGGGGAAGGUUUCGGAAAAAUCUGACUCGAUUUACUACACAUCUCAGCAUUCGCAGGAAGUUACGCCAACCGGAACAUCUCCCAGAAUAAGAAAUGAUCAAUUAAGAUUGUCGUUUGAUACCAAAAAGAAGUCUGGAAAGGAAGACAGGAGCAGUAUCUCAAUUGACUUUUGCGACUCCAAUGAAACUAGUGCGGACUUUUUGACGCCGAUUAAUGAGAUGCCGCCAUCUGGUUGCGAAAUUGAAGAACUUCCGCGCCAUAAUGGAACCGAAAGCGUUGAUAGCCUGAGUAAUGAUAUCGACCUUGAGACGCAGACGGAAUCGGCGCCAAGGAAGAAAUUUGAAGAGGAACCUCCCGGUACUCCGUGCGUUGUAAAGCGUGCAGUACGUAGUCACGUGACAACGUCUACGCCCACGCACUCGCGACACAACAGACCUGAAUAUGAAACUGAUUAUAGACACAAGGAUGGGACCUAUAGGGGCGUUGUCUUGCACAAGGACGGUACUGAAUUAGGUGUAGUUUACACAGUUUCAAGCCUGCAGUUGGCAAGUGGACGUACCGUUUGUUGCGUAUGGCUAGGCGUAAGACGAGAAGAUGCCCCACGACACGCUACACUCGCGUCCAGUCUUAACUCUACGGCUGACAACUCGCUCGUCCUUGGCAACAAAUCGGCAAGCAGUAGGCCGCACUCGAUGUCUCUGAUGAGUCAAUGCGGCGAGGAACAAGUGGCUGGAGAGUACAGCAAACAUUAUGUUACACUCAAACAAAUUGGUAAAGGUGCGUACGGCUGCGUCAAAAUGGCAUAUCGUAGAUCAGAUCGACUUCUAGCAGUUGCCAAAUUCAUACUUAAAGAAAAAGUGGGCGCUCAAUUCUGGGUCGAUGGGCCGGAUGGGAGGAAGGUUCCAUUGGAGCUGAGUCUACUUAUGACCCUGAAACAUCCUAAUAUAGUAAGCGUAAUAGAUAUGUACGAGAACGAUAAAUACUUUCAAAUGGUGAUGGAGAAACAUGGGGCCGGUAUGGACUUGUUCGAGUUCAUCGAGAGAAGACCAAGACUUGAUGAGCCGCUGCUGUCUUAUAUCUUUCGACAGAUCGGACAAGCAGUCGAAUACCUACAUUCAUUAAAUAUUCUACACCGAGAUAUAAAAGAUGAGAACGUGAUCAUAGACAACAAGUUCCACGUGAAGCUCAUAGACUUCGGCUCAGCAACAUUCAUGAGCAAAGACACACUUUUCUCUACAUUCUAUGGUACCACAGAGUAUUGUAGCCCGGAGGUGUUAGCUGGGAAUAAGUAUGCAGGCCCCGAGUUGGAGAUGUGGUCAAUGGGAAUAACUUUAUACGUAUUGACGUUCUUCGUUAACCCCUUCUCUGACAUCGAGGACACCAUACAGGGACCAUUAUCAUUCCCGCAAGUUGUAUCUGAUGAUCUGGAACACCUGCUCAGAUGGAUGCUGUGCAAGGAGCCGUCUCAGCGCUGCACAGUACUUCAGUUGAUGUCGCACGCCUGGAUCAGACAACCAGUCAACAUGUCGCAAUAUAUCUUCCAUGAAAUUGUAGACUGUGAUCGUCACGAAGCGAACCCAGAGAUGUAUUUCAGCGGAAGUUUGUCGCCUCGUAGCGGGUCUCCUGUUUCUUUAGCUCUGGACCCGCUUGUAAAAGAACGCUCAAAUCCAUCAGAAGUUGCCGCGCGAUCGGAGAGUAAGAAUAUCUCUAAAGACGAGAGAAAACGACACGACCCACAUUCUGAAAACUACAGUCUGCGUUCUUCUGCUGAUAUCCUCGAUAUAUCCUCAAAACCAGUAUCGGAAGCGGCUUUAACCGAUAUAAGUUCAGACGCAACAGGUCACGCGGCCUGUGACAUAGACUAUGACUGCGAACACUACGAUUGUGACAGUUGGGAUGAAUGUGAACCUGACAGUUUUUCUUAAACUUAAAGACAUAAUGCUGGACGUAUUGGUAUAGGCGCUGCGCUUUUGGAGGGAUUUAAUCUUCAUAGAUUUUUACCUUGGUGUACAUCAAAGUAAUAAUCUAAAGAGGAGGUUUAUGGUUUGACAACUGACAGAUAAAGAUCUGUAAUCGCACGGCUCGUUCUAUUCUUAAACUAGUGUAUUGUCAGUGUUAACCGUAAGAUGUUUCUACAAAUCUGUGUUCGAACCUUGACAUAAUACGGACUUGACAAAGUUUUUUGUAUUUAAAAUAUUUCGAAAUCUUAUUGACAAACAUUAAACACGUAUGUUAUAGCAUCCUCAUUCGCCAAAUAUCUGUAACGACAUCCAAGAAUUAGUUUAGACGUCUAACUACACUUAACACCAGAACUUCGCACUUUAUAUAAGAAAUCGUUUCUGGCAAACGUGUUCUAUGUGAUAUAAUAUAUGUUUAAAUAAUUGUAAAUACAAGUCAAUAAUUUUUAAGUAUUUGUAGAUUUCUAGCCGGUAGCUUUUUCUCAAACUAUAAUAUAAAAUGAUCUCGUGAAUACAUGAUUAGAAACCCAUAUCACUUAAAUACAUUCUUCUAUUUGACAUUAUAUUUUUAAAAAAAAUUUACACAUUACAAGAAAAUCCUAGACUUGGAAUUGAAUUAAUUUACAGUAAACGGUAGUUAAAAUAAUCGCGAUCUUAUGAAUAUUAUAAAUGAUAAUAUGAUGGACACAAAGGAUUACUCUUAAACGUAGUGAUUUUUUUUAAUAAUAUUCAAACGUCUCUUAAUUUUAAUCUUGCUAAUAAAAAUUACGUAUAAAGCUUUUGCGCUCAAGUGAAAGUAUUCUCCAAAUCUCAGGUCGAAGUUACAUUCUAGUCUGAGAGAAUGGUGUGAAAUUUUUUAAGUUAUGUGUGUGCGUGUCUGGUAUACGUUUUGUCUUACGUCCAGGUUCUACUUCUUGUAAUUUCUACGUACAGCUUGCAAAUACAAUAGUAUUCGAAUGUUUUGUCCUAUGUGUACAACUCGUUAUCAUUACGAUUUGUAUUAAAUAGAACCCGGGCGUAAGAGAGAUCUAUAUUAUUGUUUAGUCACUGGGAAGUUAAAUGAAAAUGUUGUUACUUGGUAGAAAAUUUCAUCUUAUGAUAAUUAGGCAGUAUUAAGACAAUAGUAUUUUCCUAUUUGUUAGAGUAGAAUAAAAGAACCAAAUUAUUGAUGUAGGUGGGUGUUAGUAUCAUGGUAUCGGUGUUUUUUUAAAUUUAGCAUUAUUUAUCAAAUGCCAAAUUUUCAAAGUUGACAUUUGACAGUUGUCGAUAAUUAUAAAUCGAACAUUUUAUAUACGCCAAAUUAUACUUUAAAAAAAUUAUGUAUAUUUUUUUAUAAGUUAUUGUGUAAAUUGUAAUUCAGUCUAAGUAAAUCGACGACAAAUUUAUUGAGCUACACGUGAACAUUUGGAACGUAAUAAAAAUGCUUUAUGUUUAAUGUCAGUGACCAAAUCAUGGUAUUUAUAGUUAUUUCCAUUUAAAUUAAACAGUUUAUUAAAUUAAUAAAUAUGGACAAUCUAAAACACUUUUAACGAGAGAAUUUAAACGCUAAAAAUUCUGCAUUUAUCAUAUCAGCUGUCAAAAGUUAAAUAUUUAUAGACUGACUUACUUGCUCAGAUGGGACGAAUAAAUUAAAAAAAACUAGGCUUAUAUUCAAAGAGUAACGUCCGAACUUUUUAAAUUGUUAAUCACUCCUAUAUAAUAUUUUGACUUGAUAAAAAAGUGCGUUCUCGCAUUAUAGGUGUGUACUUUUAUUAAUGUUUUGAGGAUUUUUUUUUCAGUUUUGUUACAACUUGCUUGUUAACCACAGCUAAAUGCAGGUGGCUGUCACGCUUAGCUAACAACGCCAAAAUGGCCGAGACCAAAUCGUUAUAUUUUAUAAUUUUAUUAAUUUAUAUUUAUUCAUUAGUCGUUAUUUCUGUAUAUUUAGUAAUGUUUAAUAUUAAAUUAGUGUCCGUUAUUUGAUUAGUGCCUUACGACGGACGGCGGGUUACGUUGCUCGUAGUGGGCUUCACUAAGAUUAAUAAAUAUUUUUUUUAAUA